AUCCCUUCACCAUGCAGUGGAGGAGGAGGCGGCGGCUGCGGUUGUGGUGGUCGCAAGAAGAGAGCUGUUGAAGGAGAUGACAAAUGCACCGAUCCCGAGCUACGAAAGCUGAUCCUUGCUGGAAUUCGCUCUGAAGUUACCGAAUCCCGCAACAACAUCGUAGCUGCAUUGAAAAAGAAGCACGCAGCCACUCGAUACUUGGUCACAUGUGCCCAAGGAGAAACAGUCUUCCAAUCGACAGCCGACGAGUUCUGCACCGCUGGAACUCCUGAGCUGACGUGCCAUGUUGCACGAGCAAAUUGA